AGUCCUUCCUGUCACAUGUCACAUGAUCUCCAAGAUGGCGCAUACAGCACAGAAGGGUAAACUAAUAGCUGUCAUCGGUGAUGAGGAUACAUGUACAGGAUUUCUGCUUGGUGGCAUUGGUGAAAUUAACAAGAAAAGAGAACCAAACUUUUUAGUGGUCGGCAAAAAUACAAGCAUUAUGGAAAUAGAAGAAGCUUUCCGUGAAUUCAUUAUAAGAGCAGAUAUUGCCAUAAUAUUGAUUAACCAGAAUAUUGCUGAAAUGAUUCGACAUGUAAUUGACACGCACACAGACCCUAUCCCGUCUGUGCUCGAGAUCCCCAGCAAAGAGUGCCCCUAUGAUGCCAGUAAAGACUCCAUUCUACGAAGAGCUAAGGGGAUGUUCACAGCAGAGGACUUCAGAUAGAGCUGGUACCUAGUUGUUACCCAACCUGUCUCUGCUUGGUGUUCAUAUGUCCAUCCUGGAAGGAUUUGUUAUCAAUAGAAACGUGCGACACUGCUUAGACGAUCCCAUGAUGAAACAAAUGACUUGCAUAAAUUCAUUAUACGGACAUAUUAUUCAAGAAUAUAUUUUGCGUGUAUCUAGUAGCAUGUUUAGGGAAUAAUGAGUGAAGCACAAAAUGUAAGCAUUUAUCGUUUGUCUUAUUGAUCUCGAAUAGAAAACUUACGAUAUUUGUAAUUUAUUAUUUUCUUUCGAUAUCAUGGUUUUUAGUUAUUUAUCAUCUUAAUUGUCUGUUUGAUUUAUUGUAAUUAUUUACCAGUUAUUGCAUACCCUGCUGGCAUAAUUAGAAUUUCGAAAUAGGGCCAAUCUUUUGAGCCAUAAAUUAACAAUCGGAUACCUCUUGGUUAUUUUAUUAAACAAUAAUUUUAUCUUGGAAGCUUUCAGAAGAUGGCCGAGUCAUUACGAUUGUACACACUUUUAUUUUAGGUGUUUUCAUGAAGAACAAUAAUAGAGCAUGUAGUCAGUGACUGAAUACCAUUCUAAAAAUAACCAUCCCUGAUAUGCAUUCUUCAUGUACAUGUAUGUUUUCACAACUUCCUAGACCUACUUUAUUAUUGAAUUAGUUAUAUAGAACUUUAUUGUAAAAUGACAAUACUCAAGAUUGAAACAAAUAUAUGAUUCUCUCUUUAAAUGAU